AUGGCGCCGAUAGCGGGAAACGGAGCGUCGGGAUCGCCGAGUCUUUACAAGGUGUGGGAGAUCAGAGCGCUGAAGCGGCAAAAGCGCAGCGACGAGGCGAGAAGCCUGCUGGAGCGAGUGGCGAAGCAGGUGGAACCGAUUAUGGUCCGACGCCGAUGGAAGGUGCCACUGCUCUCUGAAUUCAGUCCCAGCAACGCGCGUCUCCUGGGACUCAACAUCAACCGAGGGAGGGAGAUUCGAGUUCGACUCAGACCUGCAGGCAAGCCGGACUCGUUCUUCCCAUACGAGCAUGUGCUGGGCACCAUGCUUCACGAGCUCACCCACAUCGAACGAGGCCCCCACGAUGCCAAGUUCUACAAGCUACUGGAUGAACUCAAUGAGGAGUGUGACGAACUCAUAGCACGAGGCAUUACAGGAACUCCCUUUGGGGGAUCUGGCCACCGCCUCGGCUCCUCUGCUUAUCCCUCCAUCCGCCCAGUCCGCUUAGGCACUUCUGCUACUUCGGCUGCUGCUGCUGCUGCUGCUGGUUCUUCCUCGUUUGGUGUUCUUUCCACUGCCACCCCUCCUCGUGGUGUAGCUGGUGCUUCUUCUGCCCAGUUUGCUGCUGACGUGGCAAGCAGAAAAGCAGCGGCGGCGUCAGCUGAGCGGAGGCGGCAGCAGCAGCGGAUCAUGAUGCCAGCUGGCGGGCGGCGAUUGGGCGGCGACAGUGAGAUUAUGAAGGUGUUGAGUCCGGUGCAGGCAGCAGCUAUGGCAGCAGAAAGAAGGAUGAGGGACGAUGCAUGGGCUGGUGGCACAAGGAAGCGGCCAAGUGACUCUUUAGAGCAGAGCAGUAGGAGGAGAAAGGUGACUGCUGGUGGUGCUGCUGUUGGCAGUGCAGCAGGAGGGGAGAAUUCUGAGCACAGCACAAGAGUCAGCAGUGGCGUCAGAGAAGAGGAUGCAGCAGGGGGAGAGCAGCGAGCAGAUAGAGCAGACACAUGGGCAUGUCCUGUCUGCACUCUGAUCAACCGGGGCAUCGUGCUUCAGUGCGAAGCAUGCUUCGCAGUGCGACCCUCCUCUCGCCCUGCCUUUGGCGGUGCCUCAGUAACUGUUGCUGCUGGUACCAGUGCCAAUGUGAAUGCCAAAGCAGAGAUGGUGAUUGGUGGACCAUGUGGAGUGGACUUGUUGGCAGUGCACUGCUCACUAAACUAG